AUGUCCUCCUACGCCAAGGAGCUCGAGGUCGCCCAGCUGGCCGUCCAGCGCGCCGCCAUCCUCACCAAGCGCGUCUUCCACGAGAAGGCCAAGGGCACCGUCAGCAAGGACGACAAGUCUCCCGUCACCAUCGGCGACUUCGGUGCCCAGGCCCUCAUCAUCAGCGCCCUCAAGGCCAACUUCCCCGAGGACGAGAUUGUCGCUGAGGAGGAGGCCGCGCAGCUGAAGGAGGACAGCAACCUGCGACAGACCAUCUGGGAGCUGGUCAAGACUACUUCGCUCGAGGAUGAGGCGGCCGAGAAGGUGCUCGGCGGCGCCAUCAAGAGCGAGGAUGACCUGCUUACCAUGAUCGACUACGGCAACAGCAAGGGCGGUGCCAAGGGCCGGAUAUGGGCUAUCGACCCCAUCGAUGGUACUAAGGGUUUCUUGCGUGGUGGCCAGUAUGCCGUGUGCUUGGCAUUGAUGGUGGACGGGGAUGUCAAGGUCGGAGUUUUGGGAUGCCCGAACCUCCCGGUAGACGAUGCCGCGCCGCUGACCGCAGGCCAGGAGUCAGGCCAGACCGACGAGGGUAUGGGUUGCCUGUUCUCCGGUGUGUUGAGCGAGGGUGCCACUAGCCGUCCGUUGACCACGGGCGCGCUGUCUAAGGAGAAGAGCAUCUCCAUGAAGGCUAUCAAGGACAUUGCUGCCGCUACUUUCUGCGAGAGUGUAGAGGCUGGCCACUCGGCACACGGAGACCAGGCCGAGAUUGCGAAGAAGCUUGGCAUCACCAACCCGAGUGUGAGAAUGGAUUCGCAAGCCAAGUACGCCUCGAUUGCCCGUGGUGCUGGAGACAUCUACCUGCGGUUGCCCGUCUCGGCUACCUAUCAGGAGAAGAUUUGGGACCAUGCGGCCGGCGACCUCAUCGUCCGCGAAGCUGGUGGUGUCGUCACAGACAUCAAGGGCAACAGACUAGACUUCACUGUUGGGAGGACACUCGCGAACAACAAGGGUGUGGUUGCCGCACCGGCAGCUGCCCAUCCUAAAGUUCUCGAGGUCGUCAAGGAGGUUCUCGGACAGAAAUGA